AGGCGCUGUCGUUCGCCCUGGCUUUCCGAGGAAGGUGGGAGUCAAUAAUUUUGACAAGUCUCCUAAAAGGAACAGCUCACAAGAGCUGAAAUCUUAUUCCAUUUGGCCUCGUGGUAAAGGCAGAGAUCACGCCAUCAGCUCCACACAAUAUGACGUGCUCACUAGUGCCCUCUCAACAGUCUUCUGGUACCUCUUUUACACCUAAAGAUAGUGCCCCAUUUUCUGGGGGUUCCUUGCAUAAGGAUGAAUUGAAUGAUUCCUUGCUAGAGCUAUCUGAAGGAGAAGAAGAUGAUGGAUUAUUCAGUUUUACAGAGGAAGAGGUUCAAGAGCUCUUGAAGGAUGAUGACCCAUCAAAUGAGAACACUUGUAGAGCAGGGCUUCUUAAAGAUGACGAUAGCCAUGUCAAGAAGGAAGGAGAAGGGAGUCAAAUUCAAAGUGAUGUGCCCCAAGAGAAAGAUUCAUUGAGCAGCUUAGGUCCAGUAGAUGAGACCCCUGGCCUCUUCAAACUACCUCAACUAACUACAUCACCUGGUCAUGGACCAUCUUCUACUAAACCACUAAACGGACAUUUUACAGUAGAAAAGAAUCUCAAGAAAAUAACAGUUGUUGCACCAUUUGAUCCAACAGUUUGCUGUGCUGUGCUUGAUAAGGAAAAGUCUGACUUAUCUAGAGAUAAUGAAAAACCUUCCUCCUUUGAAAGUAAGAUAACAGAAGAUGGUCUUAGCCCAAAUGAGACCAACCUUUGCACUGAAUCUGAAGGAACUGGCCCUAGUAACUCUGCCCAAAAGGGGUCUCAUUUCCCUUUUCCUUCAAACAGUAAGAAAACUGUCUCUGUAGUCUCUCAAACCUUGGACCACUCAGAAACUCCCCAAGAAGUCCAGUCAUCAUGGAAAAAUGGAUCACAUAAAUCAAGUGAAAUGAGUUCUCCAGUUAUUUCCACUUCAUCAGACAAAAGGCAGGGUGCUCUUGGCAAGGAUUCUGGGAAGCUAAAAAUCCAAGAGAGAAGACUAGGUAAAGUCAUUCCUGUUCUACAAACCCAAACCAGGACUCAUGCUCCUCAAGCAGAUCUAGAAGCAGAGAAGCAAAGGUAUCUCAGUAAUGUCAUUGCUCACUUAGAAGGCUCAGAGGAUGCUAACCAAGGUACUUGGGGGGAGCUCUAUGCCUUAAUGGAUCAAGUUCAUCAUACGCAUACCCCAAAGUGGCAGCAUCCUUCAGACCUUACUAAACGAAACUAUGCCCGGUUCCGACAGAAUUCCCGGCAAAAAUACAGUCUGACUCAGUGGGUUGAUAGAAAUGAACGAAGCCACCAUCGAUUCCAACGGCUCCCAUGCACUCCUUUCGUCUCAUCUCAGCAGCAGUGAAGGUCCUUGGUCAGGAUCCUGUCCAAGGCAGCAUCUCUUCUGUUUUGGAUUUAUUUUCCACAAUAUUUUUUAUUUUAAAAAACUUGUUACCUAUUGGAAAUAGUGCACUGCUAACUUGAAAUUUUGUGUAUGUGUGAUUGUUUAAGCAGUAUUAAGUUGAAGGUGUAAUUUUAUUUUAUUUUUCUAACUGAAGGUGGCUGUCUGCUAAAAGCCAACAUUAAGCCAAAACACCCACGUCAGUGUGGGUGAGAAGUCCGACCCCCAAAGAAAUCAUCUUUUAAAAAUCUCCUGUAAAGAAGAAAUUCUUUAUUAGAUUAUACGACAGUGUUAGUCUUUGCCAAUGGCUUAUAAGUAAAUAUAAAUAACUUUGAACAGCCCUCUUUUAAAAUCUGUUCCUAAAUAUAAUAAUACAAAAUAUCAGUAUUUUAGUGUUGGUAAUCCAGCAUAUUUGAAGUAGAAUAGAAUGGGACAAAAAUCCUGUUAAAAGCAAAUCUUAUAUUCUAUUUUUGUACCUAGCUGCCUUUAUUUUUUUACUUUUUUGCAUUGUUUUUAUUCUUCACUAAAUUUAUUUUGCACAGUAGUGUUUACAAAUCUGAUAUGUUGUAACUCUGACAAAAGGUUGCUAACUAACCCCUAUUGAUUUGUGACCUUGUGACUGAUUUUCUGCCUCUAAGGAUUUUCUUUUUUUCACCAGUAGCCACUAUACUCCUUAGGAUCCUACCAGUGUCAUUUUGUACCCUGGUCAUAAGUAAGUCUCAUGACAAGUCUCCAAGUCCUAAUGAAGAACUGCUCAACCAAAAUCUUGACUCUAGAAUGGUGCAGAAAAGUCAGUGCCAUUAAGAUGUCAAGUUGAUCUUCAGUUAUAUCUGUUGUAACACCUCAACUUUGAGUACAAAUUGGAAGUCAGUGACUCUUGUCUUGUAGGAGAAAUCUUAGAGAGGCAUUUCUUCUCCAUUAUUAGUUAUGAGGUACCUUUGGACUCUGGAUGUUACCUCUCAUUUGAUCAAAUACCUGAUACACAUUUUCUCAAAACAGUUAAACUGAUUAAGUUUUAAGAUUUGGUCUUCUAACUCAAUCUGACAGAUUC